UAUAUAAGAACAUGGAAGGGCAACAAUUUUGUCUACGAUGGCACAAUUUUCAAAACACACUGUUAAGCUCUCUUCCUAAACUGCUUGACGGUGGUUAUUUAACAGAUGUUACGUUAAGCGCCGGUGGUAGACACAUACACGCACAUAAGAUUAUCCUUUCUGCUUGUAGUUACUAUUUCAAAGAAUUAUUCAAGGACUUAAGUUCUUUGCAACAUCCGGUAAUAGUAUUACCAGGGAUGGAAUAUGCAAACUUAUGUGCACUUGUCACAUUUAUGUAUAACGGCGAAGUAAAUAUUUAUCAAGAGCAACUACCUGCACUUUUGGCUAUGGCAGAUACUUUGCAUAUUCGUGGAUUAGCUGAUAUAGCUGGGAAAAAUUCGAGACACGAUAACGGUUUAUACGUUCAACCUCCACCAGUGCAACUGCAAGAAAAGAUAUUGACUGAAACCCCGAUAAAAAAAGAAACUAAAGAUAAUAUCAUAGGUAGUAGAGAAUCUUUAGAAACAGUUCUAGAUACAGAUGCAGCUGAGACCAUGGAAGAACAAUCCUUUCAUGAUCAAGAAAGUCUACCAUAUUGCGUGAAGACUAAGCCCUACUAUUCCAUUAAUGCGAAAUUAAAUCAAAGGGAAAAAGUCAGUAUUCCUUCCAUUAAUGCUUCUACAAACAAAUACGUCGAGAAAGCAUAUUCGGAAAGUGGAAUGGAUGAAGGUACACCUAUUUUAGAAGAUCAAAUUACUCCGGUAGAAGAUACAAAACCUCCACCUAUUUGGGAUGCAAAUUUCAAGUUUCUGACAAGUUCUGUGGGCGGUAGAAGUUCUCAGAAUUACAAUAAGUCUAGUGUCACUUGCCUUAUCUGUGGAAAACAAUUAAGUAAUCAAUAUAAUUUGCGAGUACACAUGGAGACACACAGUAAUAGUUCGUAUAGCUGCACAGCUUGUUCACAUGUAUCAAGAUCACGAGAUGCACUUAGAAAACAUGUUUCUUACAGACAUCCAGUUGCUUCAUCACAAAAACGAUCACGAUAUAGUACACCAAAAUCA